AUGCCCUCCCGUCGCAGAAAGCGAGAGUCAGGGGGCGAGAACGCGUCAACGAACGUGGGAUCGAACUUCAUUAGUGAUACUACCGAUAUUGAAGAUGAUAAUCAUGAUGAUAACAAUGAUGAUGAUAUUUCUAAUGAAGAAGAAGAACAGGUGAGGGAUUGCCCAAUGAAAAAACUUUCUGUCUCGAAAUCAGAAGUCGGUCAACUCCUAGAGACUUUGAAGAAGAUAGAUACCGAUGCGCAGCAAGACUUUAACAACGAACUCCUCGGGGAGAUUAAGGCCGUUUACGACCGUUCCACGCGCGAUCAAAACGCAAAGAAAAGCGACAGUUUUGUGCUUGAGAUUUCGAUCAACACUUUCGAGCAUUCGGUAUGUGAUUUGCAAACUUUUCAGGAUCGCAUAAAAGUUAUGGACGAAACAGCGCAGGAAUUCGUUGGUGUGCUUCAAUUUAGCGUGGUAUUGGUGGCGGCGUGCAGCUCAUCGAUUGGUCAAAUGUUUGAUUCGUCAGAAGAAGCGCAAACACUUGGCGCGCUUAAGUCAGAAAUUUUAGAUUUGCUAAAAAAAGAAACGCUCCAGUCAUACGCGACGAUCGUGGUCUUCGUCGUUAAUUUUUUUCAAACUGGAGCGCUCCUUCAAUUCCUCGAAGCGGAAAGGUCGCGAGUGCGUCUGUUACGCGCUUCUUACUCGGUGGAAGACAAUUGUUGCAACGUUGACGGCAAACGAAAACUUUUUCCACAAAUCGAGCAUGGCGAGCUCGCAAACGAAAAUGGGAAGUUUUUUGGCAUUCAAGUAACGAACGAGCGAUUUAAGGAUAUGAUUCAAAAACGCAUGAAUGCUUUAAAUAAUGCUUUAGUUCGAGAGGAUUUACAUUUCCAGUUUCAUUUGCGGUCGCAAGCGAUCUUGUCUUUGGUGGAUGAUUCACUUGGAGCGAAUAUAAUUGGCGGAUUUCAUCAUCCGGCCGCCAACUUAUACGAAAAUGUGGAGCAGACGUACGGAGAAUUAGUUUACGAAAAAACCAACUUCGACGUCUUGGAAACUCCUGAAUUGUCAGAUUGCGGAAUUAAAAAUCGUCCAACAAUAAAACGUCCAACAAUCGACGAGAAUCGAGAAUCAACGGCAAUAGCAAAAGCAACAGCGAAAUUUACAGCGUAUUUGAAUUUGGUCAAAACGGAGAAAGUAACGGACGAGCGAUUCGUACUGAACGAGAAUCAAAUUAAAGUAGCCGAGCGAAUGUUUUACGAAGUUACCCGAGAGAAAUUUGCAUCGAUCGUGAAUCCAGAACCGUGUCGAUCGGGCAAAACGAGAGUCACUGUUCUUGUCAUUUUGUGUUUGCUCGAAUGGAUUUUUAUUGGAGCGAAUAAAGAUGAUCAGAUAUUAAUAAUUUCGCCGUUAACCGCCACCGCCGCGUUCAAUGAGACAUUCACUUCAUUUAAUCGAUAUUUUCAUUCUCUCGGAGUCAUCAAAGAGCUUUGUAAUGGGGUUCAGACAGUCCCGAAAACUCCUAUUAUUUUCGGGACGCUGCAAAAUGUGAGUAAGUUCAAAUCGAAGAAAUUCCCGCUCGUCGUAGUCGACGAGUGUCACGAAGUCUACACGAAGAGUCAGCAAAGACAAAGCGAAAACAACGGAGAGAAAAUCAUGGAUUUCGUGCAAAAGAUAUGUAAUGAUUCUUUACUGCGUAUUUUCAUGUCUGGGACAAUCAUUACGAAUGGGAUUUGCGACGUGUACUGGCUCGCGCGCCUUAUGGGAUUUGAAGUCGGAGCGUACGACAUCUUUUACGAAAAUUUUUCAGUCGUAAUUUCGCGACUCUUUUUGACAGACGCGAUGAAGUCGGGAAAACGCGAUCUUUACCGACGCCAAGGAUUACAGCAAUUUUUCAAGCUUUAUGAGGCGUUUCUUCAUUGCAUCAACCGAGUGCAAACGCCUCUUCCGAUGAAUCGCUUCUUUACUUUUGUGUUUCGAAAAGAAGAUGUUACUCGCGACGAUGACGACGGUGGUCGCAAAUACAUCACCGACGAGGCGGUAGAUGAUCACGAUGACGCCUCGAGUGAUAAAACGAACAAAUACGGCAGUGACGACGAUCUCGAGAAUGUCGCGGACGAUAUAGUAGAACGAGGAGGAGGAGGAGGAGGAGGAGAAGGAGGUGGAGGCGAAGGAGAACAGCCGACGAACGAUUACGACUGCGAUCGAGUGCUAACACAAAUCUUCCAAAGCGAUUCUUAUUUUCAUACCAAUUUUCUUACGAUGUUUCUGAAACGUCUGCACGCGAUUGCGCCGUUCGCCAUGAAGCAUCAUGUCGAGAAUUUUAUACACGCGAUUGAGGACUUUUUAGAUAAGGCAGACGUGUCUGAAGAAUUGCGAAAAAUGGCGAAGGAACGAUUGAAUAUUUUUCAAGGUGUAUUGAACAACUGCUCGACAAUACAUCUUAAAAAUUCGUUAUCCGCGACGAUUCGCGUGAAUAUCGUAAUCAAUAGAAUCCUUGACUUCGUUGACGUUAAAAAGGUGAAAGUAGUCGUGACGUGCGAUUCGGUUGAACUCCUUCACGCGUUUGCUCAAAAUCUGAAGGAGAAAUCCGAAACGUUGCAAAAGCACGGAGAAUCAAUUUUGUUCCUCACGAGCGAGGACGCGCCACGUACAAAGGAUCGCAACGAUAUCAUAGAUCAAUUUCGAACGGACGAGCAAUCGCGCGUUCUGUUUGCGUCUCAAAUUGGGUCCGCGGGUGUAUCCUUUGCGCCAUGCUCUGUGCUAUUUAAGUUGGACGUGGGGUACAAAACACAUCUCGAGGAGCAAAGUAGCUACCGUUGUAGUCGUUUGCCCAAUCCGGAUGAUGCGAACAACGACGACAACGCAGAAAAGAAUUGCCAUGAAAUAGUAGUGACGAGUAUUGAUGGCAGUACUCGUGUUUUUCUCAACGAGUUACUCGCUGGAUUAAACAACUUUAGCGGCGCCGGUCGCCGAGACGGGAGUUCGUACAUGGAGAUUGUUAGAAAUGCAAAAAAUUUAACUCUGAUGAACCAAGCGACUCGGCAAAUUAAUGGCACUGAUGCUCAUGACAUUCUACUGGAAUACAUGAAAAACUUUUACGCAAAAUGCGUCCAGUUGCACGCGAGAUUAUUGACUGAGGAACAAAACAAUGGCGAAACGAUGGCGAUCCUUCGCAUGGACGAAGAACAAUUCCUCGAAGCGAUUUCUGCAACUCCUAUGCCGUGUGACGCUAAGAAGAAGAUACAAAUCAAAUCUAAUAAUCGCAGCGGCGUUGGCGGCGGCGAUGAUUGUGUUGGUGGUGGUCGUGGUGGUCGUGGUGGUGGUGGUGGUGGUGGUGGUGGUGGUAGUGGUGGUGGUAGUCGCGGUGGUGGAUUUCCAAAGAUGGAAGUCAGUGAAGGCAGUGGUUUGGGGUAUAUCAUGCCCUAUUCCAAUGAUGGGAAGACCGUCGAGAAUAGUUUGUGGGGAGUUCUUGAUAGUAUUGAAAAGAAUUGGGAUUCUGGCAACGAGAUAUCCCGCGAGAGUAUUAAAAACGCGAUCGAAACACACAACGCGGAAGCAGCAUCUGUGGCAGCGUAUGAAAUUUCUCAAAUCCAACAACAAGAUGGAACUGACGCGAUGAUGAAGAAAAAUUUUAAAGAGUUGGCGGCUGGCGAUUAUCCUCUGAAGUGUGAAUACAAAAGCAAUGUGUGGGAGAAUUGGCAGGAGAAUAUUCCAUCGUGCUCUAGACACGACAGAACUUCGGGUAAUAUGUUUCAUAAGCCUCAAGUAAACUCGAAGAUGAUGAUUGGUAUCGCGUGUGAACAAACCGCGCUCUUGGCGCUGUGCAAAGAGAAAAAUUUGAAAAUCGUGCGCGAGUACGGCGGUUUUUCAUUCAUGCACCAGAAGUACAACGUUUCGUAUUCGCCCGAUGCCGUCGUCUAUAGCGAAACAGACAAAAAGUUGUACGUGGUUGAAAUCAAAACGUCGUCGAAGUUGACAAGCAGCGCGUUGCUUGGAAUCAAUCAACGCGUGCAAUCUGGGCGAACGCAGUUGCAACUGGGUAUGCGCUUGCUCAACAUUUGUCAAUCUGGGAUUUUAGUUGAUUUUGUUCUGGACAAAAUUACGAAACGGCAAUCGAUGAGAAUUGAGUACUUUGAUAUUGAUUCGAAAGUUUAUACUAGAGGAACAAGAAGAAUCGAGAAAGACCCCCAAGAAUGGUUCAAAGUAUGUCACGAAAUGACGAAUGAUAAAGCCUUCACGGGUAAGGAAAAAAUAGAAAAUUGGCGUUUAAAUUUAGAUGGUUGA